UUUUCCCCAGUCACGCUCCUCCUCUUCAUACUCUAGCCAAGUGUAAAGAUGGCGUCCAUUAUGGAAGGGCCGCUGAGUAAAUGGACUAACGUCAUGAAAGGUUGGCAGUACCGUUGGUUCGUUUUGGACUACAACGCUGGAUUGUUGUCUUACUAUACGUCCAAAGACAAGAUGAUGAGGGGUUCACGGAGAGGAUGUGUUCGGCUCAGGGGAGCUGUGAUAGGUAUUGACGACGAGGACGACAGCACUUUCACCAUCACGGUGGACCAGAAGACCUUUCAUUUUCAAGCCCGUGAUGCAGACGAGAGGGAGAAGUGGAUCCAUGCCUUAGAGGGGACCAUUCUCAGGCACACCCUUCAGCUGCGGGAGGCAGAAACGGGGCUUGUUCCCAGCGUUCAAGAUUUCGACAAGAAACUUGCUGAGGCUGACGCCUACUUGCAGAUUCUGAUUGACCAAUUAAAACUUUUUGAUGAGAAACUUAAGGACUGCAAGGAAGAUGAGUCGCGCAGAAAAAUUGAGAAUCUGAAGGAAACAACCUGUAGUAUGGUAGAAUCAAUCAAGCACUGUAUUGUACUGCUGCAGAUUGCCAAGGAUCAAAGUAACGAACAGCAACACGCAAACGGACUGAUAAGCACUAUCAAUCCGGUGGAUGGGAUUUUUCAGCCCAACCCCCUGGAGUCCACUGUAGUCAGCACCAUGCCCACCCAGUCCACCCUCCCCACAGAUAACACUCAGACAUGCAAGGCGGAGCAAAGGCCGUCCUCUCUGCCUGUGGGUCCCGUGACCACGGUGGUGAGCAGCCUGCAGACCCCCACGCCCAACAGCACAGGCAGCGGGCCCUCGGGGCCCAGCAGCAGCGUUACCUCUCCCAGCCACAUAAACCUGUCGUCCAACACCGUGCCCGACUUCUCCUACUCCAGCAGCGAGGACGAGUUCUACGAUGCCGACGAGUUCUACCAGAGCAGCACGUCUCCCAAGCACGGCAUGGAUUCCUCCAGGAGUGCGGCUGCCGUACCUCACACUGGCGCUGACGCUGCCCUCAAACGGCCAGACACCAACGACUCCCUCAACUCCUCCAUGUCCAACGGCACCACUGACGCAGACCAGUUUGACAGCCACGAUGACCGCGAUGACGACGGCGAGGGCGAGUCGGUGGAGGAGCACAAGAGCGUCAUCAUGCACCUGCUGUCCCAGGUGCGCCUGGGCAUGGACCUCACCAAGGUGGUCCUGCCUACGUUCAUCUUGGAGAGGAGGUCACUGUUGGAGAUGUACGCUGACUUCUUCGCCCACCCGGAUUUGUUCGUUAGCAUCGCGGACCAGCCGGAGCCCAGGGAGCGCAUGGUGCAGGUGGUGAAGUGGUACCUGUCGGCCUUUCACGCGGGUCGGAAAGGGUCCGUGGCCAAGAAGCCCUACAACCCCAUCCUGGGAGAGGUGUUCUUCUGCCACUGGGACAUGCCGGCAGAGUCCGAGGAGACGAGCGCAGCGGGGAGUGCAGCGCUGAACACAGCGGGGAGUGCAGCGGUGAACACAGCGGUGAGCGCAGCGGUGAACACAGCGGUGAACACAACGGUGAGCGCAUCGGUGAACACAGCAGUGAGCGCAGCGGUGAGUGCAAUGGAGCCGGUGUCAGAGGGCCCGGUGCCCUGGUGUGGGAAGGGCAACGUGUCCUUCGUAGCAGAGCAGGUCUCGCAUCACCCCCCAAUAUCCGCCUUCUACGCAGAGUGCUUCAGUAAAAAGAUCCAGUUCAAUGCCCACAUCUGGACCAAGUCGAAGUUCUUGGGCAUGUCUAUUGGGGUCCAUAAUAUCGGCCAGGGCUGCGUGUCCUGCCUGGAGCACGACGAGCACUACAUCCUCACCUUCCCCAACGGCUACGGCAGGUCAAUCCUCACCGUCCCGUGGGUGGAGCUGGGCGGGGAGUGCAACAUCUCCUGCUCCAAGUCGGGCUACAGCGCCACCAUCACAUUCCACACCAAGCCCUUCUACGGCGGGCGGAAGCACAGGAUAACGGCGGACAUUUUUGCUCCCAAUGACAAGAAGUCCUUCUGCUCCAUCGAGGGAGAGUGGAACGGAGUGAUGUACGCCAAAUGGGCGUCAGGGGAGAAUUCCUUAUUCAUCGACACAAAGAAACUGGGCAUCGUCAAGAAGAGGGUGAGGAAGCUGGAGGACCAGCUGGACUAUGAAUCUCGCCGGCUGUGGAAGGAUGUCACCACUAACCUGAAGCUCAGAGACAUUGACGCAGCCACAGAUGCAAAGCACCGCUUGGAGGAGAAGCAGAGGGCCGAGGCUCGGGAGAGGAAGGAGAACGAGGUCCAGUGGGAGACCAGGCUGUUCCACGAGGACGGGGAGUGCUGGGUGUACGAUGAGCCCCUACUGAAGAGAACGGCAGCACAACGGCACUGAGCAUCGCCGAGGCCCCCCGGAUGCGACACGACAGAGUCUUAAUAAGAACUCCUUUACAGACCACUUCUCAUCCAAGCCUUUCGAUGACCGCUACUAGAAUAUGUACUCGGCUCUGCAUUUUCAAAAUAAUAAAAAAAAAACUUCUCCAAAAAAAAAAAAAAAAAAAACUUCUCCAAUAUAGUGUUCCGCCGACCCCUCAUCCACCACCACCACCUCCACCUCCCCCCCACCCCCCCCUUCGGAAACGAGCAAAAUAAAAACCGGAGCGGGAGCUCCUCACCAACACAGACAAGCGCCCCGCGGGCCCGCGCGGGGGGGGGCGUCCUGAGGGGCUGUUCUUUUCCCCCGCAGAGGGGGGGCGGCGGUGUUUAGAUCGAACAAACCUUGAAAACGACAGCGUUCUGUAUCUCAGGGAACCGAGGACUGAGGAAUGAAGGCUGGAGCCGCGGGAGUUCGAAGGCCUUAUUGGUGGAACCAGAGGGGGGGGGGGGGGCGGGGGGGCAACCUGGCUUGCCUACAGCUUGUUACAGCUGUACAUAUAAAUAUAUAUUUAUAUAUAUUAUAUAUAUUAUUCUUUUGUUCGGUUUCAUUAUUUUUUAUUUUUUUCUUUCUUUCUGGCAAUAUUAACUGCUGAAGGAUAUGAAUUCACCGGUCACACAUCAGGAAGCUUUGUCCCCAUCACUGGGACAGAUUGUCCCGUAUGUAAACUGGACCUCCCUUUUUCCCCCGUUCAGUCCCAACAGUAAUUUCACACGUAUGCUGAAGAGAAGCAGAAGACCUGCGCUGGCGAGGUCGACACUACCGAAACACACUCAGCAGUGACAGACGCUGUUCUAUUUUCCCACCACCCUUGAGGAACGCAGGCUGUGUGCUCAUGAGCGUGUAGCUGCACAGGGACAUCGGAAAGGCUAGGUUUAUAGGAUCCGGCUUGGUUUGAUUCAUGAACUGACCUUUUCCGUAGAAUUACUGUUUUACGUCAUCUAAGCCCGUUGGAAAGCAUAGUGGCCUGCAAUUUGCCUUCCCGACUUUUGCAGGCUUAGCCAGUGCUUAUCCUCAAUGGUUAGGACAUGCUAAUGCUACUGCCUGGGACCUUGAAAUAAAAAAAAUUAUAUAUAUAAAUGUAUAUUAUAUAUAGUUUUUUGUAACCUCCAUGAAUCACAAUAGCCCUUAAUGUCCUUGUGCUGCUCCUCUGGGAGACGUUUCUGAAUUGAACCCCAUGAGGGGAAAAUGGGCUGAACGGUGUGUACAGUUAGCGGGGUGACAAACCUUUUCAUCUGAAGGCUUUGGUUCCGUCAGCUCUCUCAUUAAAUUAGAUUAUAAUCCAGAACUCUAAUGUUUAAUGAGCUGAAAGGUGCCAAAGUCCUGUACUGGGGAGGAUCAGUUGGUUUUAUGAGAAGUGGCAAUACUCUUUGGUAGUCUUUUAGUGCCGAUUACAUCUUGGGCACAGAAUCUUAUAAUGAAGACCCAAAAACGAUUACCUAUUUUGAAUCAAAUGUUAUGAAUAGCCAAGCUGGAUUUUUCCCCUUCAUUUCAGUCUUACAUAGGCAAUCUAUCUUUUCUUGUAAUGGAAUGGGCAGAGAUUGUGAACUAAAGCCAUUAUAUUUUCUUUUUCAUGUUGUUUUUUGUAAAUGAAUAUUAAAUUGAGGCCUUGCCAUUCAUUUCAAUAUCACUUGCUUGGAAAGAGCAGUCAAAAUGUAUUUUUUAUUUUGCAUUCUCUUCAAAUCAUAACCAUUGAUUGUAUCAGAUUCUCAUGUUCAUUGAUGCGAAAUAUUAAACCUCCAUAAAUUUG